AUGUUCAAAUACUUCGUUUUUGCCGCUUUCUGCUUGGCCAACGCCGUUGCCGCUCCUGGAUAUUUGGGUGGACUAGCUGCUCCGGCUUUGCCGUUGGCUGCAGCUGCUCCGGCCAUCUCCUACGGACACGCCCUGGCUGCUCCCUCGAUUGCUUCUUACGGACUGGCCCCCAGGCUUAGCUAUGCCGCUCCGGCCUUGGCGCACGCUCCUCUGGCGGCUCCGGCCAUUUCCGCCUACGGAUUGGGUUACGGCCAUGGUCCCAUUGGCCUGGCUCAUGCUCCUUUGGGACUGGCUCACGCUCCUCUGGCCGCUCCCUUGGGACUGGGCUAUAAGUCGGCCUACCCAACUCUGGGAGCUCCUUUGGGACUGGGCUACAAGACAGCUUUGGCUGCUCCUGCCUAUGGACUCGCCCAUGGAUGGUAA